AUGUCUCCCACUCCACAGCAAGUCAAUUUCUUUCGCGAGCAAGGCUACCUUGUUCUACGAGCAGACGAGCACAAGCUCGUAACGCCGGAGGAGCUCAAAACUUGGACUGAAGAAAUUGCAGCAUGGCCGCGCGCGCCCGGGAAAUGGAUGCCCUAUGAUGAGACUACAGCCUCUGGAGAGAGACAGCUGAUGCGAACCGAGAACUUUACUGACUACCACAAUGGUUUCAAGAAGCUUCUUCUGGGCGAUUCCCUCAGGGGUGUUCUUGCUGAAGUGACUGGCGAUGAAAUGCUUCUUUUCAAGGACAAGAUCAACUACAAGCUACCUAACGGAAACGGGUUCGUUGCACACAUUGAUGGGCCAGCGUAUGAUCAUAUUGGCCGCAUCGAACACACCACAGCUAACCUUGCUGUUGACGCGGCGACUGUUGAGAACGGCUGCCUUGAAGUCGUUCCCGGCUCUCACAAGAUGGACAUCGAACUGUCCCUUGGCAGCAGGAUAGCCGAUCGCUGGGUUGAAUCUCACGAGUGGGUUCAGGUGCCUCUCAACCCCGGUGACUUGCUCAUCUUCGGAAGCCACAUGGCCCACCGAAGUAGCCCAAAUAAAAGCCCUUUUAGAAGGGCAAGCCUUUAUGCUACGUACUACUGUCGCAAGGACGGUGAGGACUUGAGACAGAGGUAUUACGCAGACAGGAGAAUCAACUUCCCCCCUGACCACGAGCGCGACCCCGAGAAAGAUUAUUCUGCGGGCUUCAAGGUUUAUGCUUCGGCCGCACCUUUCACUGCAGAAAAUGCAGAUACACUUGCUUCCACCGUUGCGGCGAGCUAG